AUGGAUAGCACCCAUGGUUUUGUUAGCCUUCUGAAUAGUCAAUCUUCAUUUGACCUUGAUUCACCGGAACCUGCUUGGUUGAGUAGCCAAUGUUCUGAUGAGUCUGGUGUCAAGGAGAGGAGGAAAUGGUCUCCCAAAGAGGAUAAAAUCCUCAUUGGUGCUUGGCUUAACACCAGUAAAGACCCGGUGGUCAGCAAUGAGCAGAAAGCUAGUGCUUUCUGGAAGAGGAUUCAAGACUACUACAAUUCAAGCCCUCACCUGGUUGGGACAACACCUAGAGAGCUUUGUCAGUGCAAGCAAAGGUGGACUAGGAUUAACGAUCAAGUCUGCAAGUUUGUUGGAUGCUUUGAAGCGGCUCUGAGGGAGCAGAGAAGUGGUCAAAAUGAUGAUGAUGUGAUGAAAGCUGCCCUAGAUAUCUUCUACAAUGACUACUCCAUCAAGUUCAACCUGGAACAUGCCUGGAGGGAGCUGAGGCAUGACAAUAAAUGGUGCUCCACCUUUCUCGCUAAGGACAGUGUGAAGGAAAAGCGCAAACAAGUGUUGGAGUUUAAGGUUCAGUACAAGGACAACGUCUUUUCACUCGCGGGUGCAUUUGGAGAAGUGAAAGUGUUUUGCUGUGUAGGACAUGUGAACCAAGUCACGGGUUCUUCUGUUUCACUUGACUUCUAUAAGCUUCUGUGA